GCGGAUGGAACGGCUGGGGAGACGACGGGGGCCUUGGCAAGUAAAAGGGCAAAAGAGAUUGUCCAUUUGUUGAACAAAAACAUUCGUACGCUAGGGGAAAGGGACUUGCAACACGAGCGAUCACACGAUUGAUAAAAAGAACAUGUUUCAACGCUCAUUGUUGCGUUUCAACCGAGCACUACCUACAAGAUAUUGCUACUCGAGGCCCUUUCAACCUGAAGCAUUGCAUUGGGGAAUGGCAUCUGUAGCCAUUAAAGAUCCCCUUGUGUGGAUCGACUUGGAGAUGACUGGCUUGGAUCUCGCAAAGGACAGAAUCAUUGAAAUCGCCUGCAUCAUUACUGACGGGGACCUAAAUAUCGUUGCCGAGGGUCCCAACCUUGUUAUUAGUCAACCCAAGGAAUUGAUGGAGGGCAUGUCUCAAUGGUGCAUUGAACACCACGGAAAGUCCGGGCUUACAUCCCAGGUAUUGGCAUCAAAUACAACGACCCAGUCCGCAACCAGCCAGGUCUUGUCCUUUAUAAAAUCGCACAUUCCAACAUCAAAUAUUGCGCAUCUGGCUGGCAAUUCCAUCCACAUGGAUAAGCAAUUUCUCCAGAAAGAGAUGCCAGACAUCAUCAAUCACUUGCACUACAGAAUUGUCGAUGUGAGCACCAUCAAGGAACUUGUCAGGAGAUGGUUGCCCGAGGUGGCCCAGAAUGCACCGCGAAAGGGUCUUUCACAUCGGGCAUUGGAUGAUAUCCGCGAGAGUAUACAAGAGCUUAGAUAUUAUCGCCAAGCGGCAUUCAAGCGGCCUGUGCAGUAACCUGCAAGAGAGUUGCAAAGUUUCAAUGGCAUCAUUUUAAUAGACCAUUUUCAAACUUUUCAAAAACGACCGAAUCGGCCAGAGUGUGACGAGAUAUCCGU